AUGAAGUUGGCACUACGCAGCUCCAUCGCCCUGGCGGGCAUCAUGCUCGUAACGAUCGCUGGCUUCUCCUCGUUUGAGGCGUGUGUGGUAGUGGCCUUGUACCUGACAAAGUAUGUCUUUGGCGAUGGUGUGCUGAUGUCGCUGUACCGCCUCACCAACAUGCACCACAACUUCUUGCAGCGUACGUACCUGUGCUGUGUGGAUGGCUUUCUGGAGAACGUGCUGGGCACCCGCGUCGCCUACACAGUCGUUGAUGCCGAUGGCCAGGAGCACCUGGAGCAGCACUACAUGACGUCUGUGCGGUAUGGGGAGGGCGUGGCGGAGCGGUACCCCGACCUGGACAAGGUUCUUCGACCCCCGUCGAAGCCAGACAAGGUCAAGAUCAUCAUCAUGAACCACCACUGCCGCCUCGAUUGGCUCUACACGUUCAUGUACUUUGCCCGCACCCGCGGCAUCAUCAGCCACAUCCGCUACGUCAUGAAGGAAGAUUUGAGGCAUCUCCCGGUGCUGGGCUGGUCUAUGGAGCUGCUUCGCUACCUCUUCCUGUCGCGCAACUGGGAAAGCGAUAAGGUGUACAUGAAGCGCAUGAUCGACUUCUACAACGCCACCGGUGACACCCCGGCCAUUCUCCUCUACCCGGAAGGCACUGACCUCUCGCCCAAAAACAUCCAGCGGUCGCAGGAGUACGCCGCCAAGGUGGGACUGCCGAAGUUCCACCAUGUUCUGAAUCCGCGGACCACCGGCACCGUGGCGCUCAUGAACAUGCUGGGCGGUGCCGACAGUGUGGAGGAGGUUGUGGACCUUACUAUUGCCUACACGUACCACACCCCAGGGGAGCGUUUGAACGAGCUGUCGCUCACCAACGGCCACCACCCGAAGAAAGUGCACCUGCUGAUCAACAGCUACCCUGUCGCGGGCACGGCGGCCGCGGCAGCGCAGAAGAACCCGAAACACGUUUGCCCUACUGAGGAGGCUGCCCUCAUCGCCUGGAUCCAUAAGCGCUUCGCGGAGAAGGAGCUGUUGCUUUCGCGGUUCUUCGCUACGAACCCAGUCGGCUUCGACGCCGCCGAUGUGCGGGCGGUGCUCGGGGAAGACAUCGGCAUCGCCAGCUACGACGACGACGAGGAGAGCCUGCGCCACCCCAACCGACCGUGGUGGAGACGGUACUACCAGCAGGUCGGCCUUUUCGGCACCGUCAUCGCGCCCCUAUACUGGAUCGCCUCGCCGAUCUACUAUGCCUUCUUCACGCGCUGGUGGCUGUCGGCGUUGUGGGUGGUAGCCGUGCUUGUGGUCUUCAUGAGGGGCUUCAAGGCGAUGGGUGGGGUUCAGCAGUCGCUCUACCUGAAGGUGGUGAUGCCGGAGGCCACGCUGAUGCAGCGGCUGCGUCGCAUGCUGGAAGGCCGACGGAGGAGGAAGGACAAGAAGAGCGACUGA